AGACAUGAGGAAGGAGGAGGAAGACGUGAAGGAGGAGGAGGAAGAAAUGAGGAAGGAGAAGGAAGCCAGGCUGAAGGCGUUGGUAGCCAAGAGGAAGCUUCUGCAGCACAGGCUGGUCCAGCGGAAGCGGGAGGUGGACUCCAUUCAGGUAGAGAAGAACCAGUCGGACCAGGACCUGGAAACGUCCACUUUCGUAACAAAGCAGAAGUGUCUCCAGCUGAGGGAACAGCUGGAUCGAGACCGCCAGGUAGCGAGGAAGAAGCUGGUGGAUCUCACCACCCAGAGCGCCGCAGCCACCAAGAAGCUGCAGGGGGUCAUCAGCAAGGGCGAGAAGAUUCUUCGUCUGUCUGAAGUGUGCCACAAGCUGCAGACCAAACUGAAAAUCCCCACCUUGGAGCAUGAGCAGACGUUCUGUGAGUCUGGGAACCUGCAGCAUCAUUUGAACGUGGCUCUGCAGCAUCGGGAACUUCUGAGGAAGCAGAAACAGGAUCUGAUCCGAGAGAACCGCCAGAUGGAGCUCCUGCUGCAGCAUAUGAAGGACGGUCCCCUGAUGGUGUUCCCAGCCCUGUCCUUGUCUGUCCCUCCAGACGCCAAAUCAGCUGAUGGUACCGCUCUGUGUGGAGGCGCCACAGCGCCCCCUGAUGGUCCAACUGAUUCUGAUCAUAACUGAAGAAUUACUACAGUGUCACACACACACACACACACACACACACACACACACAC